CAACCGAGCACAACACAAUGUCAGCAAAGAGGACGCCAGUACCGUUACCGGGCUCCAAGCCCAAGAGCAAGUCGAAGGUUGUGCCUCCAAAAUCGUCUCUGAGCCAGGAAUUGGUAGGUAGCGACGACGACUCGUCGACAGAAAGCGCACCGAAAGCGAAGAAGGUGGAGAAGGCAAAGGCAACGAUUGGCGUACACAGACCAAACGGCGCAGCGAAACCGAGUACGAAAGAGAAGCCAGCAUCGAAAUCCACACCGACAACCAAGCCCGCGCCUAAGAAGCCUGCACCCAAGACGAUCUCAACACCUGAGCAGGUCGAAGAACUGUCUAGUUCGGAGGUCUCAGACGACAGCGAUGCGCCAGCAACGGAUAUCCAAACGAAGGUAUCUGGGGAGGUGGAGAUGAAGGACGCGUCGAGUGAGAGCGAUAGCGACAGCGAUUCGGACAGCUCAAGUGAGGAGGAAGCUGCGAAGGCCGCACCGAAACCUACAAAACCCACCCAAUCGAAGCCGCAAGAGGUGGAACUCCGAGCAGCGAAACCAUAUGCACCGCCCAAGGGCUACACCCUUGUGUCCGAAAAGGACCGCAAUUCCUCGAAAGCUGCCAAGAUCUUCGACAACUUGCAAGGAAAGCAAGUCUGGCAUAUCACCGCACCUGCGGGAGUUUCUUUGAAGGGGUUGGAAAGCAUUGCGAUGGACAAGGCUAUGAAGGGAGAGUCUAUUUUGAGCCACAAGGGUACAGAUUACGGUUUCUCAACAACAGAGAAGAGCGAAGACGGUCCACGAGAAGUUCUGGUGCCUCAGAAGAACGGCUACAGUGCAGCACCUGUCAAGAUCUCGCAGACCUUACAUCUACAGGAACUCGUACGGCUACCGAAGCUGAGCUCGAAACAGGCAGACCCAAACACAGGGUCGGAAGCCGCUGCAUCCAUUACGCGAUCCACCAUUCGCGCACCACGACCACAGGUGAAGGGGCUGAAGAUGCGCUACCUACCGCUCGGCUUUGUCGGUGGGAACAGUGGAGGUGUACUAGGUGACACCGAUAGCGAGGACGAUGGUGUGCCACAGGAGCGCGCUGGGUUAGCAGCACCGAGCGGCCUCAACUUGCCUACGAAAACAGCGAAGAGGAAGCACACCGAGGCCAAUGGGGAGGAGGCGCCGUCAAAGAAGGUCAAGAAGCAUAGGACACCAGAGGAGAUCAAGAAGAGGGAAGAGAAGAAGGCGAAGAAGGACAAGAAAGCAAAGGCAUGAACCUUGCGUUGGUCAGACGCACAAAACGGGGCGUUAUUUGACAAAGGUUGUUCUCUUCUCGCAUCGAGCGUUGUAUUGGCUUUAUAAACUCACAGCAUUCUGUGUAUAUGAGUUUUGGGAGGCAUCAAGAGCAUUGGGGGCAUGGCAUAUGCAAGUAGCGACGUCAGCGAUGGUCUUUGAUGGCAGCACGGGUUACGUCAAUAGCGAAUAGUCAGCAUCAAGUCCAUCCGCCUGCAUUUGGAGGUUGGUGGCUGUCUUUGAGGUUUCACAAUCAAAAGAAGGUUCAGCGGGCUCGGCUAGCGUACCUGAACGGGUACUGGGCUUGGAGCCAUUAUGAUCGACUUUUGGUGUUUGUCUCGACGCAGGGCAGUGGAGAAGGAACAGCACACGGGUCCACCCC